AUGGAAGAGAAUAAACUAGAUAAAUGUUUAAAGAAUCUACAAAAAUACCUAGCAAAUACAGAAUAUGAACAGAGACUUAAAGAAUUUAUUGAAUUAAAAAUGAAUGAUCCUAAUUCUAAUGAUGAUAAUGUUUUAGAGUCAGCUUUAAAUUAUUUUGAUGAGAUUGUUCCUAAUCAAAUAAAAACUCAAUUAUACAACGAUAUUAAUAGAGAAUUCUAA